UGGGCUGGUACCUGAUAUUUUUUUUGUUAUUUGUUUUGAUUCGUUUCCAAUCGAAAUGAAACUUCCUCAAUAAUGGUUUUUACUUGAAUCGUAAACCGAAAACUCAAAAAAAAAGCUGACAUGUCCGUUAACAUUAUCCAGCAGGCAGUUUAUUGGAGAUGCAGAAUGUAAAACUUUUUGAAGUACUAGUGUUGUUCGCCGUAACGAUUAGCAGCGCUCUGGUUUUCGCAAAAUUUUGUAAAGAAAGUGAAAAAAUUCCCAAGUUGGUGCUGAAUACAACUACUGUUGUGAAAAAUACUGAUUGCGAAUAUUCUUGCUAUUGGUUGGACAAGCAGAUCACGAAGUUGGAUGUUUCGUUUGAAAACUUAACAUGUGCUUUGGGCUACGAUACCAAACAGAAGGAAGUCUGCUGUGAAGGAUAUCAUCGAUACGGUAAAGAAUGUUUGCCAUCCUGCAAGCACGGAUGUGUUUUUGGCGAAUGUACGGGACCGGAAACGUGCACGUGCUACACCGGUUAUCGUCAAGUGAAUAGUUCCCUCUGUGAACCGAUCUGCGAUAAGCCCUGUGAAAAUGGUCGCUGUGUGGCCCCCAAUUCUUGCCUCUGUAACAAGGGUUUUAAUCGAAACGACGAUGGAAAAUGUGAAAAAAUCUGCGAAAAACAAUGUCAGUUUGGUUGCUGCAAACAUAAUCGGUGCCAGUGUUUUGAAGGGUACAAAUUGAGCCCCAAAAAUGACACCAUUUGUGAGCCCAUUUGCGAUCAAAAAUGCCAAAAUGGGAAGUGUGUCCAGCAUAAUGUAUGUCAAUGUAACAGCGGUUACAAACUUUCUGUCGAUUCACCUUUCAUAUGCGAACCGAUGUGUCCAGGAUCAUGUCAUUCCUGUAAAACUCCUGGAACAUGUUUUUGUAAAGAUGGCUACCAAGUGAAAGAUAACAAAGAUUGUGUACCAAUAUGUGCCAAAAAUGCAUGCGGCAAUGGGCGUUGCAUCGCACCGGGAGUCUGCCAAUGUGGCGAAGGCUAUAAGCUGACUGGUGGCAAAUGUAUACCAGUUUGUGAAGGAAGUUGUUCGAAUGGAAAGUGCGUAGCUCCUGGAGUUUGCGUUUGCGAAGAAUUGUACCGGAAAGGGUCGAAUGGGACUUUUGAGCCUUCCUGUUCGAGCGUUUGCCCUAAACCUACCCCCGAUGUAUGCGAGUGUAAAAAAGGUUAUAUUAUGAACAAUGAGAGUGGAUCCUGUGAACCUCAAUGUAAAAAUCCUUGCGUGAAUGGGAUUUGUCGUGGGCCUGAUGUAUGCAGCUGUUACGAUGGGUAUCAGUUGGACCCGAAAAAUUCAGCGAGAUGUGUACCAACAUGCAGCAAACCCUGUUCAAAUGGAAGAUGUGUCGCUCCAGAUGUUUGCGAAUGUGAUAAAGGAUACAAAUUAUCAUCGUCUUUCCUAUGCGAACCGGUAUGUCCCGGAUCAUGUCAUUCGUGCAAAGCUCCCGGGAGUUGUGCUUGUAAAGCUGGCUACCAAGUGAAAGACAACACGGAGUGUAUACCAACAUGCGCCAAAAAUAAGUGUGCCAAUGGUCGUUGCAUCGGUCCUGAUGUUUGUGAAUGUAACGACGGCUACAAGCUAACUAAUGGCAGAUGUUUACCAAUUUGUAGAGAUAGUUGUUCGAAUGGAAAAUGCGUAGCCCCUGGGGUUUGCGAAUGUGACAAUAUGUAUCGCAAAGGACCGAAAGGGAAUUGUGAACCAUUCUGUCCAAAUGGCUGCGCCCAUGGUACUUGCGCUAAACCUGGGGUAUGUCAAUGUGGUAAUGGUUAUUCGAUGAAUAAGGCUAGUGGUUUAUGUGAACCCUACUGCAAAACCCCUUGCGUGAAUGGACUUUGUCGUGGACCUGAUGUAUGUAGCUGUUACGAUGGGUAUCAGUUGGAUCCGAAGAAUUCAGCGAAAUGCGUUCCCAAGUGCAGCAGCCCCUGUAUCAAUGGGAAAUGCGUUGCUCCAAAUGUUUGCGAAUGUCACAAAGGAUUUCAAAUGUCAGCUAGUUCGUCUUCUCUAUGUGAAGCCAUAUGUCCACCCUUAUGCCAUUCAUGUAAAACUCCUGGCAUUUGUCAUUGUAAAGAGGGCUAUCAGGCGAAAGAUAACAUGGAAUGUAUCCCAAUGUGUGGUACCAACAAUUGUAACAUUGGGCGUUCCCUCGCACCGAAAGUCAAUGACGGCUAUAAGCUAGUUGAUGGCAAAUGUGUACCAAUUUGUGAAGGAAGUUGUUCGAAUGGAAAGUGCGUAGCUCCUGGAGUAUGCGUUUGUAACGAUUCAUACCGGAAAGGAUCAAAAGGCGCUUGCGAACCGUUCUGUCCAAAUGGCUGUGUCCGUGGUACUUGCGUUAAACCGGGGACAUGUCAAUGCGAUAAAGGUUAUACUAUGAACAAAGAGAGUGGUAUCUGCGAACCUCACUGCAAGAAACCUUGUGAAAAUGGAAUUUGUCGUGGACCUGAUGUAUGCAGCUGUUACUCCGGGUAUCAGUUGGAUCCAAAGAAUUCAGCGAAAUGUGUUCCAAAAUGCACCAAACCCUGUGCCAAUGGAAGAUGUGUAGCUCCAGAUGUUUGCGAGUGUAACAAAGGGUACAAACUUUCAGACAGUUCCUCUUUCCUAUGCGAACCGGUAUGUCCCGGUUCGUGUCAUUCAUGCAAAGCUACCGGCACUUGUGUUUGUAAAGAUGGGUACACGGUAAAAGACAACAAGGAAUGUAUACCAAUAUGUGCCAAAAAUGCAUGUGCCAAUGGGCGUUGCACAGCUCCAGAAGUCUGUGAAUGUAACGACGGCUACAAGCUUACUGAUGGCAAAUGUUUACCAUUGUGUAAAGAAAAAUGUUUGAAUGGAAAGUGCGUAGCUCCUGAAGUUUGCAUUUGUGACGAAACGUAUCGGAAGAAUUCAAAAGGUUCUUGCGAACCUUUUUGUCCAAAUGGCUGCGUUCAUGGUUCUUGCAUUAAACCGGGGACAUGUCAAUGCGAUAAAGGUUAUUCUAUGAACAAAGCGAGCGGUUUCUGCGAACCCGACUGCAAGAAAGGUUGCGAAAAUGGAUUUUGUCGUUCACCUGAUGUUUGUAGCUGUUACGAGGGCUAUCGGUUAGAUUCGAAGAAUUCUGGGAAGUGUGUACCGAAGUGCAGCAAACCCUGUACUCAGGGGAAAUGUGUCGCUCCAGACGUUUGCGAAUGUUACAAAGGAUAUGCUAAGCUUGGAAACAGUAACAAUAUUUGUGAAGCAUUAUGUUCUAUAGGUUGCUCUAAUGGAGUUUGCGUUGGACCAGACCGAUGUGAAUGCCUUCCUGGAUAUUCUUCAAACUCAAGCUCUGCCAAAUCCAACGAAUCGAACUGUAUCCCAACGUGCAAAAACAAGUGUAUUAACGCCAACUGUGCCGAACCAAACGUUUGCCAGUGCAUCGCGGGGUAUCGCUUUGCAGAUAAGAGCACCUACGUAUGUGAGCCAAUUUGUGACGACAAACUCAUAGACUGUACCAAUGGCAACUGUACGUUUCCCAAUAUCUGCAAGUGCAACGAAGGAUUCAUUCUUGCAAGUCGAAAAGAUAAAAUCAUUUGUGAGCCAAAACCUUGCGAGCGAAUCUGUCCCAAUGGGUACUGUAAGGACGAUUCGUGCGUCUGUUUGGCUGGAUACAGGAAGUCCGCAAAAUAUGAACACAUCUGCGAACCGAGUUGUGAGCCAAGCUGUGUGAACGGAAUUUGUGUAGCUCCGAAUAUUUGCGAAUGCAAAGAAGGAUACGUUGCCAAGACGAAUGUAACUUGUGAGCCCCUAUGCAGUUCCGAUGUUGUGGACUGCAGCAAUGGAACAUGUCUUGGGCACAAUGUUUGCCAGUGUCAUGAUGGAUUUUUCCUGAAGGUCAAUUCUCGAGGGAUAAAAGAAUGUAUUGCUCUGUGCUCCACUACUUGCGUGCAUGGUCGUUGCGUUGCCCCUGGGAUAUGUGAGUGUGAUGUGGGAUAUGCUUUAAAUAAUCUUACGGAAAUGUGCGAACCCGUGUGCAAUCCUCCGUGUAAAAAUGGCAUCUGCCUCGAACCUGAUUUAUGUCAGUGUAAAGAUGGCUUCGUUCCAGACAACGAGAGAACCUUUAAAGAAACGCACGUCUGUGUACCCUUUUGUGACCCUAAGGUCGUGGAUUGCAGUAAUGGCGUUUGUGGAAGUAACAAUUUCUGCCGUUGCAACGAAGGGUUCUAUCCUAAUCAAAAUGAUAAAAAUGUGAUCACGUGUUCACCGCUCUCUAAAGCAGAGGACCUAGCGGCGGCCAAUCGGCGUUGCCCUACAAAAGUACCCUGUCCUAAGAUUGUUUGUCCAGUAAUCCCCAAAAUUCCACCAACUAAAUCUCAGCAAUGUUCCCUUCCAACGCAAGCAUUUGCGCCGACAUUUACGAAUCCUCUGACUCCUGUGUGUGAUCUUUCCAACGAAGAUUCAGCCAAAAGAACAUGUAGCAAUAAAUACGUCAAUUGUAGUCACGGAACGUGCAUGGGUAACAACAUCUGUGAAUGUCAUCCAGGUUAUAGAAGAGCAAUCAACGAAGAUGAGUUGAUCGUUUGUGAGCCUUUUUGUACGGUUCCCUGCAAGAACUCGGUAUGUGUUGCUCCAAACAUUUGUAAAUGUUCAAAAGGAUACACCGCUGAUGGUACCGGUACCUGCAUGCCACACUGCGAUGAUCCUUGCAUCAACGGACAGUGCAUCGCUCCGAAUGUUUGCAAAUGCUUGGAAGGAUAUGAAGAAACAUGGGACGGAGAUUGUAAGAGAUCUUGCCGACCUGACUGUAUCAACGGAAUUUGCGUUGACGGAGAGUGCAGCUGUGAGGAAGGAUUUGUUCUUAGGGCAGGAAAUGUGUGUCGGCCUUCGGAACAUUGUGUCAAGGGAUUCGUUUACUCCGAAGAAGCACAAAAAUGUAUUUCAUGUAAAGGACAACGUACUGAGCUUGAAACGCAGGGAAAUGUUGAGCCACAGGAGCUUAAGUUUUUGUAUUUAUUCAGAGAAAACUAUCUGAUAAUUGCGGCAUUCAUUGCAACGAUCGCACUACUGAUAAU